AUGAAGGCUUUAGAUGAUACUUAUGUGCCCGUGGGUACCAACAGUGACAAUCUAGCAGCCAUGAUAAACCAGCUGAAAUUUGACUUGGGAAAGCUUCACCAGAACCAAGUCAAUGUGAGGGCCUUUGAUGGAGUGCAAAUAGACACAUUGGGUGCGGUAAACUUGGAUAUUCAGGUGGGUCCUACGGAUUUUAAUGUGGAGUUCGAGGUGUUGGAUAUCAACAUCAGUUACAACUUGCUUCUGGGAAGACCGUUUAUUCAUAUGGCUGAGGCUAAUGGUUUCGAACCAGGUUUCGGAUUGGGAAAGCACUUUCAAGGAAUCGUCGAACCUAUCCAAAUUCCUGCCAAAGAAGCAAAGUUUGGUUUGGGGUAUGUCCCCAUAGAUGUUGACAAAGCAGAGAUGAAGAACAAAAGUGUUGAUCAAGCAUUAGCUAGGCCAAUUCCUCAUUUGUACCAGUCAUUUUGGUACGAUAAAAUGUCAACGAUUGUGGUCUCGGAAAAGGAAUCUGGGGCCUUUUUGAGGAGAUUGAUGCGGUCAUCAAGGAAGAGGCUGGGACAUCAGGCAUCCAUCGAGUCUCAAGUAGUGGAAGUGACACAAUAUCCGACUUCGUUAGCCAACGUUGUUCCAGUUGCCAAGAAAGACGAAAAGAUCAGAAUUUGUGUCGACUACAGUGAUCUCAACAAAGCAAGUUCGAAGGAUAAUUUUCCGUUGCCAAACAUUCACAUUCUCAUUGAUAACUGUGCUAACCAUGAGAUGCAGUCAUUUGUGGAUUGUUAUGCAGGUUACCACCAAUCUUGA